GGGAUGGAAAGGCAAUAAGCAGGAAGAUCAGGAUUCUCAGCAACAUAAUCUAGAGGAAGGAUACAUGGCUCCGAACGGCUCUCUGAUCAGCAAGGAGGAGUUAGUUAAGUUGUCUGCAGGGCUUAGGCUAGAUAACACCGACACCGUAUACUUCCUUCCUAGCUUUAUCGAAGAGCCGUGGAAAGGUAUGAAGGCUGUUCCUGCUUUCCCCCAAGCUUGAGGGCGAGCAAUUGUGUUAUUUUCCUGUUUUACGUCGGGGC